CUAUCCUCUCCUCCUACAAUUUUUAUUAUUAAAAAAGGAAAAAAAACAUUAGGAAAUUGGGAAAGAUACUAAAACUUUCCCUGGAACUGAGUUGGAGUAUAAUUUUUUCUUGUUUUGCGCACUUCUCAGAUGAAUCCCUAGUUUCCUUACAAGGUCCUCUGUACCAUUUACAAUGGAACAUGCAGAUAAAGGAAAAGAAUCAUCAAAUAGUGUAAAUGAAGUAGAAGUCACUAAUUCUCCAAUUAUUUGUGGCCUUCCAGAUGAUAUUUCUCUUAUGUGCCUGGCAAGAAUUCCAAGAAAAUAUCAUUCUGUCCUGAAGUGCGUCUCAAAGAGCUGGAGGAACUUGAUUUGCAGUGAAGAAUGGUUCUGUUAUCGCCGAAAGCACAAACUUGAUGAAACCUGGAUUUAUGCUUUGUGCAGGGACAAAUCAAAUGAGAUUUUCUGUUAUGUAUUGGAUCCAACCUUGUCAAGAAGAUACUGGAAGCUCAUUGAUAACCUUCCACCUCAAAUCUCGAAAAGAAAAGGCAUAGGUUUUGAAGCUUUGGGAAAUAAGCUAUUCUUAUUGGGUGGUUGUAGCGAGUUUCUAGAUUCUACUGAUGAGGUUUAUUCAUAUGAUGCUUCCUCAAACUGUUGGGCUCAAGCUACUUCCUUGUCAACUGCUAGGUACAACUUUGGUUGUGAAGUUUUGGAUAAAAAACUAUAUGCUAUCGGGGGAGGAGGUUCAAAGUCAAGUUAUCAUUCUUGGGAGACUUUUGACCCUUUGACAAAUUGUUGGACAUCUCAGACAGAUCCUAAAAUUGUUAAUGAAAUUAAAGAUUCAGUGGUUCUUGACGGGAAGAUAUACGUCCGAUGUAGCAGAUAUCCUGUAACUCCUCAUGUAUUUGCUGUUGUAUAUGAACCAUCAAGUGGCACAUGGGAGUAUGCAGAUGAUGACAUGGUUUCAGGAUGGACUGGUCCUGCAGUUGCUGUUGAUGGUACCCUUUAUGUCUUGGAUCAGAGUGCAGGAACUAAGUUAAUGAUGUGGCAUAAAGAGAGACGCGAGUGGAUACUCGUUGGAAAGCUAUCACCAUUGCCUAUUAGACAACCCUGCCAGCUUGUUGCAGUUGGUAAAAGCAUUUUCGUUGUUGGGAGAGUGCUUAGCACUGUGGUUGUUGAUGUUGAUAAUUUGGGGAAUGAGGAUCAGGUGAUUGUGGGUUCUGCUAUACCUGGAUUAUUAUUUGAUGUCAAUGUAACAAGUGUUAAAUGCUUGUCAAACUGAAGCAUUAAUUAGUUUGUGGGUAGUGUUAUGCUAUGAAACAUGCAUCAAUGUUACAUGAAACUUUUUUCUUUUCUUGGUACAAUCAUAGUACUGAAGUUUGAACCAUUGGCUUAUAUGUAAAUUACUCAAAUCCGGCACAGUUUGCAUUGUCAAUCCUAGUAGUAUUUUACAUAA